UUAUAAUUUUAAUCAUUCACUCUCUGCUUCCAGAAUGUGAAAUAAUGCAAAGAAAAUUAACUUUAUUUCAUUGCGCAUCUAAUAAUGCGCAUUUUUCGGACAUUCUGGAGAAGUGAGAUACGCAAGAUUAUUUUUCCUCUGAUUUGAGAAGGCGAUAAGAAAGCGAACUCGUUAGUUCCGCUACUUCUGCCCUUCUGGUAACAAUCCUUCUUCUUCCUUUGCCAUUCAUUCCUCUCUCUUCUUCGAGAGAGAGAGUGGAAAAACGAUUCCUUUUGGAGAGAGAAGAAUAACAGGUGUUGAAACGAAUGGAUAACUUCGAAUUCGUUUGGCAUAGAAUCGAUUAUUCGAGCUAAUGAGGUAAGAAAAAGAAAAGGAAUGGAUGAGAUGGAAGUUAAUCAAGGUAGAAUGAAGCAGCUCUCCAGAAAGAUUUCAGAAAAGAUAGAGAUUGUCUCUAAACUACGCAAUGAUCUCGAGAAAAAGAAGAAAACAACCGGGAAUUCUGUGGACGACCAAAUAGUGAUAGCUGAGAUGGAAUACCGUCUGGUUAAGGAAGAGAUGGCGCUGCUGUCGUAUCAGGAGCAGCACUGGGAAUCAGCUGCACUGUGGGAUGUACCUCCACCCCUGCGGAUGGAAGAGAUGUGGGAGCCGCUGCACGAUUACAUCACCUAUUUAAAAGAGAGAGGAGCCGUGCCCGCACUCCAUGCCAGUGAACACGUUCACCUCGAGAAAUCCCUCCUCGUCUCGUGCCAGAGUGACGGAGCACCCAUUCCUAAAGUAGAGUGGGCUCACCAAGACACGGAACUCCAGAAUGGAGACAGGUUGGUGGAAGUGAACGGUCACAUAGUGAUUGGAAAGAAUUCCAGUGAGGUCUGUAAGAUGCUGAUGUCGAGCAGCAGGGGUGUGUGUCGGGUGGUAUACCUACGACCUCUUUCCCUUUACCAGAUGAUGAAGAAUAGUGGAGGUGGUAAAGAAACUUCCAAUCUCAGGCAGGAACUGGCCACUGUAGUCACUCGUCUCAACCAAAAAAUGAUGGAGAACGCCAAACUAAAAGAGAACAAUUUCAAGCUUCAAGAGGAGAGUCGGAAAUUGAAGCUGCAGCUUGUCUCCCUGCAGAGCAUCCUCCUCUACAUGUUCCAGGUGAUGGAUUCCCCCUUACCCCCCUCUGUAUAUGAUCUCUUAAGAAAUGGUUCCUCAGAGAAUAUUGUCUGCAAGAGAUUUCCUUCCCUUCCGAUUAGUCCAGAUAACGAGGAAAAGAGCGAAGAAUUGUAGCAUAUUUUUGUAAUUAAUAAACUCACAUUUACAUAGUCA